GGCUCUGCCCACAGCGACUGUGCCGUGCAGGACAAGGCCGUGGUCCUGCAGAAGAAGGACAAUGAAGGCUUCGGCUUCGUGCUCCGCGGGGCCAAAGGAAACUCCUGCUCUCACCCAGAGUUUGACCAGGCAGCGGCCCUGGGAGCCCCCACCUUCCAGAAGCCAGGCCCGCACCCCGCACCCCGCACCCCGCACUAGAGAGGACUCGGGCCUCCUCCUCACCCCCGCGGCCGCCCACCCACCGGCCGGGCUGUGCAGGCCCAGCUCCGCGUGAGGCCGCGAGCGGACACGCCCAUUGAGGAGUUCACCCCCACGCCCGCCUUCCCCGCCCUGCAGUAUCUGGAGUCCGUGGACGAGGGCGGCGUGGCCUGGCAGGCCGGACUGAGGACGGGGGACUUCCUCAUCGAGGUGAACAAUGAGAACGUCGUCAAGGUGGGCCACCGGCAGGUGGUGAGCAUGAUCCGUCAGGGCGGCAACCACCUGGCUCUCAAGGUGGUCACGGUGACCAGGAGCCUGGACCCCGACGACACGGCCAGAAAGAAAGCGCCCCCGCCCCCCAAGCGUGCGCCCACCACGGCCCUGACCCUGCGUUCCAAGUCCAUGACAUCAGAGCUAGAGGAACUCGGUGAGCAUCGCCCGUCUGGCCCUGCCACCCCGCCUGACCCACGGCGCCUGCCCGCGGGGAUCCCACCAGAUAAACCCGACGAGAUCGUGCCAGCCGCCAAGCCCGCCCGCACGGCUGAGAGCAUGGCCGUGGAGUCCCGGGUGGCCACCAUCCGCCAGAGACCCAGCAGCCGCUGCUUCCCGGCCGCCUCCGACAUGAACUCGGUGUACGAACGCCAGGGGAUCGCCGUGAUGACGCCCACGGUUCCCGGGAGCCCGAAGGGCCCAUUCCUGGGCCUGCCCCGAGACGCCAUGCGAAGGCAGAAGUCCAUAGGGAUAACGGAGGAGGAGCGGCAGUUCCUGGCCCCGCCGAUGCUUAAGUUCACCAGGAGCCUGUCCAUGCCAGACACUUCCGAGGACAUCCCGCCCCCGCCGCAGUCCGUGCCCCCGUCCCCGCCGCCCCCGUCCCCCACCACCUACAACUGCCCCAAGUCCCCGACCCCCCGGGUCUACGGCACCGCCAAACCCGCCUUCGGCCAGAACCCCGCGGCAGUGGCGGUGGCCGUGGCCGCGGUGACCAAGGCGCCCCCGGCCUCACGCGCUGACACGGUGGGCACGCUGGUGCGAGACAAGGGCCUGGUGUUCCGCCGCGAGCUGGACCGCUACUCGCUCGACUCCGAGGACCUGUACGGCCGUGCCGCCGCCCAGGUGGGCGUCCGCAGCAAGCGCGGCCAGAUGCCCGAGAACCCCUACUCGGAGGUGGGCAGGGCGGGCAGGGGCGUGUACGUGCCCGCCAAGCCUGUGCGCCGCAAGGCCGUGCUGGUAAAGCAGCCCAACGUGGAGGACAGCCCGGAGAAGGCCUGCUCCAUCCCCAUCCCCACCAUCAUCGUCAAAGAACCGUCCACCAGCAGCAGCGGCAAGAGCAGCCAGGGCAGCAGCGUGGAGGCCGAGCCCCAGCCGCCCGAGCCCCCCGGCCAGCUGCGGCCCCUCGACGGCCUGAGCGCGGGUGGCCCCUUCGCCGCGGCCAUCGCGGGCGCCGUGCGCGACCGGGAGAAGCGGCUGGAGGCGCGCAGGAACUCCCCGGCCUUCCUGUCCACGGACCUGGGGGAUGAGGACGUGGGCCUGGGGCCCCCCGAGCCCCGGCCGCGCGCCCCCCAGCUCCCCGACGAGGCCGCGUUUGGCGAGGAGGAUGGCGCCGGACCCUCGUCGCCGCCAGCGGCCGGGCCCGGGGAGCCCACCGCCGAGGACCGCUUCGCGGGGGGCAGCGAGGCGUCGGGGGCUCCGGGGGAGACGGGCCGGCCGCCGAACCCCACAGCCAAAGCCAAGGGCCCCGAGGCCGGCCCCCCCGGGCCACCCGAGAACUACGUGCACCCGCUGACCGGGAGGCUGCUGGACCCCAGCUCCCCGCUGGCCCUGGCGCUCUCGGCGAGGGACCGAGCCAUAAAGGGGGCCCAGCGGGGCCCCCAGGGGGAGGCCCCCAAGGCCGACCUCCACAAACCCCUCUACAUCGAUACCAAAAUGCGGCCCGGGGACGGCAGCUUUCCCGCGGCCGGCAGGCAAGGCGCCAGGGGCGCCCUGCGGCGGCAGGAGACGGAGAACAAGUACGAGAGCGACUCGGGCAGGGAGCGCAAGGCCGACGGCAAGAACCUGCCCUUCAGCAUCCUGGACACGUCCCAGCAGAAGGCGGCCGGCUUGCUGAUGGUGCACACGAUGGAUGCCGCCAGGACGGAGGCCUUCCUGGAGGAGGAGGACGACGAGCGGGGCGACGAAGAGGAGACGGAGCCCGACCCAUCGCCGCCCGAGCUGCCGGGCGGCGGCCCCCAAACCGCAGGUGCUUUACGGCUCUCCGCCGGCCCCGAGCCCGCCCCCGCCCCCGCCCCCGCCCCCGCCUGCAGAAGCCUGGCGCCGGCGGGCUCCCUGGAGGAGGCGGUGAUCCUGCCAUUCCGCAUCCCUCCUCCGCCCCUGGCGUCCGUGGACCUGGAUGAGGACUUCGUGUUCACAGAGCCACUGCCCCCGCCCCUGGAGUUCGCCAACAGCUUCGAGAUCCCCGAUGAACGGGCAGCCCCCAGCCCCGCCGACCUGGGCAAGAAGGACGGCGGCAGCGGCGGCCCCACGAAGCCCCUCGCCGACCGCCCGCCCGCCCCCUUCCCGCCGCCCCCCGAGAGCUUCGACGCGGUGGCGGACUCCGGGAUCGAGGAGGCCGACAGCCGCAGCGGCAGCGACCACCACCUGGAGACCACCAGCACCGUGUCCACCGUGUCCAGCAUCUCCACGCUAUCCUCCGAGGGCGGCGAGGCCCCGGACACCUGCACCGUCUACGCCGAUGGGCAGGCCUUCCUGGUGGACAAGCCCCCGGUUCCUCCCAAACCCAAAAUGAAGCCCCUCGUGGCCAAGGGCAACGCGCUCCACCCGGACGUGCUGCCGGAGGAGGACGCGGACGGCUACGGGGCGACCCCGCCCGCGCCGCCCCCGCCCAAGGCCGCCCCGCCCCGGACCUCCAAGCUGUGGGGCUGCCCGGAGGCCAAGAGCCCCCUCCUCUCGGGCCCCAAGGCGAACGUCAUCAGCGAGCUCAACUCCAUCCUGCAGCAGAUGAACAGGGAGAAAUCGGCCUCGCCGGGGGACGGCCUGGAUGCGUCCACGGGCGCCAAGCCCGCCAGCCUCGCCCCCAGGAGCCCGGAGGUCGCAAGCACCGUCUCAGGGACACGCAGCACGACGGUCACCUUCACCGUCCGCCCGGGGACCUCGCAGCCCAUCACCCUGCAGAGCCGGCCGGCCGGCCACGAGAGCAGGACCUCAGGGAGCAGGCGGGCCCCGAGCCCCGUGGUCUCACCCACGGAGCUGAGCAAGGAGGCUCUGUCGCUGCCCCUGGCCUCCGCCCCCUCCGCCGGCCUCCCCGAGGUCUUUGGCCUGCCCGGCCCGGCCCCCGUGCCCGCGCCCUCGCCCGGGGAGUUGUUUGGCCUGAACCCCGGCAUCCGUAGUCGCUCGCCCUCGCCGUCCCUCCUGCAGCAGCCACAGCCGGCCUCCGGCAAGCCUUUCACGACUAAGCCCGUGCACCUGUGGACGAAGCCCGACGUGGCCGACUGGCUGGAGAGCCUGAACCUGGGCGAGCACAAGGAGGCCUUCCUGGACAACGAGAUCGACGGCAGCCACCUGCCCAGCCUGCAGAAGGAGGACCUCAUCGACCUGGGCGUGACGCGCGUCGGCCACAGGAUGAACAUCGAGAGGGCUCUCAAGCAGCUGCUGGACAGAUAAGAGCGGACUCCUGUCGGGACAGAGAUGGGCUGAGCCGGACGUCCGACGGCCGAGUGGAGCUGGGAGGCGGGGCCCGUCUGGCGAGGCCGGCGGCGCGCCCCUGGGGCUCCUGGGCGACCGGGGUGAGGGGGGGGUUUCUCUGAGGCGCGGGCCCGGCUCCUGCAGGCGGACUCCAGUCCUCCACAUACCUCCUGAGACCCGCCACGACGACGGGGAGGCUGUCACCUGCGCCCCCGCGGCACGCCACGCCCAUGGCCCCUUCCCCGUCCCGCUGUCCCCGGCCGGCAGCGCCAUGCCCCCAGUGCGUCCGUGCGGUGCCCUCCCGGGCAGGGAAGGUAGAGAAACCUCUUUCCGGUGGACUCCGGCCCACCUCCCCCUGUGAUGCACAGCCAUGGCCCUGGGCCCUGCGCCCUGGCAGUCGGGGACCCUGACCGACCGGAUCGAGGGGCUUUGCUUAGCUUGCCUGCUUGCUCUCUGCGAGUCUCUUAGCACCGGUCCAGAGUGGCCAGACAGGUGUCACACGGAGCUAGUCAAAGCGCGGAGUCGCCUUUCCGCGAAGGAGGGGGACCUGGCCACGGGCACCGGCCAGUGCCCCACUGUGUGGGUGCAGAGGGAGGCGGUGUCCGGGGAGCGUCUCCCCCGAGAGUGUGAGAAGGGCCUUCCUUCCUUCUAGCCCGAGCUGCACAAAGAUCUGAACAGGAGGCAGCCGGGCGGUCAGAGCGGGAGUGGGGCCGGGAACCGGGAAAGUGGGACUCGGAGGGGCGGGCAGAAGGCGGGGGGGGGGGGGCAGUUUCUCAGUCACCUCCUGUCACAAUACCUCGAAUUCCCAGGGAGGUCACCAACUGCACGUGGGCCGCAUGACAUCCAGCCGGGCUUCCAGCGCCUUCUCCCACAUUUGGAAGAGUGUCAGGUGUUUGGCCUUUAUUAUUUCAGCACUAGCCCAGCCCAUCUCUGACUAUAAAGACAAGCUGUGCUUUUCCCUUUUCAUUCUUUUUUUAUUAUCAAGCUCACAGUCAAGUGUCUGGUUAGAUCUGGGACAGCUCUAGAAUGAACACGUAAAAAUUAGCAAUUUAAAAUCCUUUCUUUACUGCAAGUUUAAAUAGUUGUACAGAUAGUUUAUAAGCACAAUAUUUUAAGGAGAAAAGUGGCCGGCCGACAAGGCAGCCUUUGUGCCACUUGAAAGUUCGAGAAAAACAAACAAAAAACCUUUUUGUGAUUUACUAUUUCUGUGGAAUAAUUCUGAAGUGCGACCUUUCUAAUCAACCUAUUUGGAGGCAUCGCAACCAGCAGAGCUGUGUGACAUUUCUAUCUUUGCUAGACUUCGCCAUCCAAGGACGAUUUCUUCAAAAGCGAUUCCGAAUCACAAAGCAGCAGUUUCUCUACGCACACGCGCACACACACGCACACGCACACGCUUCCCAGCCAUGGGCCCCUGUGACCGACAGUGAGUGUUGGACUCUCUCCGGUCCCAGAACCCUCUGCGGGUUGACUUUAUGUCUGAACGAUACAGUCCGGCUGGAAGUCAACCAUCAGCACUCUCCCUCCCCGCCACAGCCACAUCUCUCCACGACUGGCUACCCCGACCGAUCGCUCCUCGAGCUGUGGGCGGCCCCUAAGGCUGCCGUGGCUUCGGAAGCGGGGGGUCCACCCCUUAGUGACAGUGCCCCACGACACGCCCCCCAUGUCGGCGACACGCUAACCAGAGAGGUACAGGGACUCGGCAGCCGCGGCAGCAGGGGGGAGCCGGGACUCCCCCGUCCUGAAGCCACCACCGGCCUCACGGCCUGGCCGGAAGCAGCCCGCAAGGCCAGAGCCAUGGGUAUCGCCCACCCUGCCGGCGCCCCCUGGGGCCUGACACGUGGGACACGUGAGCGUGGCCACACGAAAGUUCCAGAAAGCAAUAGUCCCUCACCCCAGUCAGCCCUCGCUCACUGUUCUCCCCCGGGACGAGUCGGGGCCGGGCCCUGCUCCCUGACCCUCCUCCGUGGUGGGGACGGAGGUCUAACUGCUCACGGAAAUAUCAUGCUAACACUCUUCCAGGUUUUCAGAGCGACUUCUGUUAGCUACUCUAGUUCCAAUAAGCUGCGUUCACACGCCUGGUCUCCGUGACGGCAUCGCGCACCAGCCGAAAGCCUCCCACGUGGUCCUGCCGAGCCGCGGGACCGGCCGAAGACUCAGUGUGACUGUUGCCUUGCUGGACUUCCCAUACCACAAAGGGGGUUCGUUGUGGUACUUUAGUUUACAAGAUGGUGAUUUUUCCCCCCUGAACGAGCAUCCCCCAGGAGACGGGGAAAUGACUGAGUGGACCACAGAGGCUGGCUUUUUUUCCCCCAUUAACUUCUUUUUGUGUUGAGACACUGAUACGUUCCACACACUAGUUAUGUUCGCAUCAUCUAUGUUGCUGUUACUUUUGUGAUUCUAUUCUUUUUAGAUUUAAAAAACAAAAAACAACAAAAAAAAAAACUCCUGUAAUUUGCACUUUCUCCCAAUCCUUCAAUCUCUUGUACGGCAACCAGAAUUACUGUAAAAAAUAAACAUACUAUCGCACUAAGGUCGUGGUUCUGAUUGCAAACAGUCAGCAAGGGCUGCCAAGCGCGGACGGACGUCACAGCCUCGCCUCUCCACCGCCGGCCAGGUCAGAUCAGAGCCGCCACCCAGAGGAGACCCCUUUCGUGGGGCUUCUUGGCCUCGGCCCCGUCUCCUCGCCUGGGAGCCCAGGGCUGUGUCCGCACGCAGCUCGGCCCUGCAGGAGCCCUGGUGGCGGGUGUGUGGUGAGGCCCGGCUGUCCUCUCCUUCGUUCCGGGCCCGAAGCAGUGGGGCGGCAGGUGAGGCAGGUUCGGGUCUCUCUCCCGCUGGCAGAAAUCUACCCGUGGCCCAGAGCGAGCGAGCGAGCGAGCGAGCGGGAGUCGGGGCCUUUGGGCAAAGAGCUAGCCUAGGAAGACGCGGGCCGUCCCUUCUGCUGGGGAAGCGGAUUUUAACCGCCCGACCUCGCCUCUGGCCUCAGAAACAAAGACGACCCGCUCGCGGGCAGGGCUGAGUUGCCGAGCUCUCGUCUGCCCCGGCUCAGUCCCGUCUGGAGAGCAGGCACGGCGUCUGUGAACUCAGACUCACCAUCUUCCCCGAGGGCACCUGCCUCACUGAGGGGCCGCUGUCUGCUCGCAGACCACAGGGCCCCAGACCUCACUGUCUUCUGGUCUCUUCCAGACCUCUCUCCCGCAAAGAUCAGCAGUCUGUCUUCUAGGGAGGGAGGUUCCCGGAGGCUUUUCUCCUCGUCCUCCUCGUCCUCCUCCUCCUCCUCCUCCUCCUGCUCCGUCGAGGCAGUCUGGUAACCGGUGACCUGGACGCAGCCCUGCCGCCUGUAGCUAUCCGUGAGCACACCCUGUAGGCGGCCACCACGGUGGCGGCGGGGUGGCGGGGUGGCGUUGACAGCUGCAUACCUGGGGGGGCUGCCCGUCCCGUCCCGUCCUCUGUGGGGGGACCCGUCGGGUCACCUCCAAGCUCACGUCUCAGACCCGACCACUCCAGUUUCUACUCCACGCUGUAGCGGCGAACUGACUUCUGUUUCUCAUUUCUGUAACCCGUCUCCGUCCCACAUCCUUACUGUUCUCUGUUGAAAUUUACAACGAUCACUGUUCAAUUGCUUCUACUCUGGAACUCUGUUUAUAGCAAUUCUGAAGUUUUAAUAUGAGCCUUCAAAUAAAUAUGGAAAAGGAAAAAAAACCCAGAAAACAAACAAAGCGUGUGCCUUGGGUGUUGUGAGCCAUGCUGUACUCAAACGCUGUAUCUGGCUGCGGGGCCGGUCCCUCGGACGCGUCCGCGUGCGGUUCUAGUGCCUUGUUUCUGAACUGACGCCCAGAGCGCACGGCCGGGCCGAGCACAGCAACCGGGAGUCCCGCCGCGCUGCGGCCCCGACCCACUAGACUGUGGCCACACGGCCGCCCGGAUAAAAAUAAAAGCGACCUUGAACCAUGA